AUGCUCUCCCACGAUUCUCAGAGUCAGCGCCUGGUUUACCAAUAUGACUCCGAGAAGGUCUACAUUGAGCCCUGGGGCCCCAACGCCCUGCGUGUCCGCGCUACACAUCUGCCUGAAUUCCCAUCCAACCAAGACUGGGCUCUCGACUCCUCGUCCACAGACCUAACUACAGCCACAGUCACGAUCGAUGAAGGCACUACCGGGGGCACAAUUGUCAACGGCAAGAUCAAAGCCGUCAUCUCUCCUCGAGGAAAAAUCAUUAUUCGAAACGCACAAACAGGACAACUCCUUUUCGAAGAAUAUAUGCGCAACCGUAAGGAUCAACUGGACCCCAAAUGCUCGGCAUUGGAAGUCCAAGCUCGAGAAUUCAAACCCCAUGCCGGUCGUGACGACUAUCACCUGACUUUGCGACUCGAAAGCAUCGAUCGCAAUGAGAAAAUUUACGGAAUGGGCCAAUAUCAGCAACCAUACCUCGAUUUGAAGGGGCUUGAUUUGGAGCUAGCUCAACGCAAUUCUCAAGCUUCAGUGCCCUUUGCUGUCUCAUCACUGGGUUACGGGUUUCUUUGGAACAACCCGGGCAUUGGCCGUGCAGUUCUAGGCAAAAAUGUCAUGUCAUUUGAGGCAUAUUCAACUCGUGUCCUGGACUACUGGAUCGUGGCUGGGGACUCGCCGAAACAAAUCAUUGAGGCAUAUGCGGACGUUACUGGGAAAGUUCCUAUGAUGCCUGAAUAUGGGCUAGGUUUCUGGCAAUGCAAGCUGCGAUAUCAAACGCAAGACGAGCUACUAAGCGUUGCAAGAGAGUAUCGAAAGCGAAAUUUGCCUAUUGAUUUGAUUGUGGUUGACUUUUUUCAUUGGCCAUUGCAAGGAGACUGGAAAUUCGAUCCGGUUUAUUGGCCAGAUCCCGACUCCAUGAUCAGAGAACUCAAGAAACUCAACAUUGAGCUUAUGGUUUCCAUCUGGCCAACAGUUGACAAACGAUCGACUAACUACCAAGAGAUGCUUGAAAAGGGCUAUCUCAUCCGCACAGACCGCGGUAUUCGCACAGCAAUGAAUUUUCAAGGUGAAACAGUGCAUUUUGACGCCACUAAUCCAGGAUCUCGAGAAUACGUAUGGGAAAAAGCACGACAGAAUUACUUCUCCAAAGGUGUCAAGGUCUUCUGGCUGGAUGAAGCUGAACCGGAGUACACGGCAUACGACUUUGACAAUUACCGAUACUAUCUCGGAUCAAAUGUCAACAUCGGAAACAUAUAUCCCCGAGAAUAUGCGAGGGCAUUUUAUGAGGGCCAGACAGCGGCCGGACAAAUGAACAUUGUCAACUUGCUGCGCUGCGCUUGGGCUGGAUCUCAGAAAUACGGAGCCUUGGUGUGGAGUGGGGAUAUUGCAUCGAGUUGGGAGUCACUGCGAUGCCAAUUGACAGCUGGUUUGAACAUGGGAAUGGCAGGUAUCCCAUGGUGGACAACGGAUAUUGGCGGAUUCCACGGAGGGGACCCGUCGAAGGAGUCAUUUAGGGAACUGAUGGUGCGCUGGUUCCAAUGGGGAGCUUUCUGCCCUGUGAUGAGGCUCCACGGAGAUCGAGAACCGAAACAACCGCAGCACGGCACAACUGGAGGGGCAACAUGUUUAUCGGGUGCGCCGAAUGAGAUAUGGUCAUAUGGAGAAAAUGUGUACAAAAUCUGCUCCAAGUACCUCAGAAUCCGCGAGCAGCUGCGAGAUUAUACCCGGGAGCUGAUGAGGGAAGCGCAUGAAAAGGGCACACCGGUCAUAAGACCGCUAUUCUUAGAGUUUCCGGAAGACAACCAUGCUUGGAAUGUAGAGGACCAGUAUAUGUACGGUUCAAGAUACCUCUGUGCGCCAGUAUUGUAUCCGAGUCAGAAGACACGCAGCGUUUACCUUCCUCGUGGAGAUUGGACUUUCUUUAAAGACGGUUCAAUUGCGGGUGAUCAUGGGGAGAAAUUCAGUGGAGGACGCUCAGUAGAAGUGGAUUGUCCGAUUGAUACCAUGCCUGUGUUUAUAAAGGGCUAG